UUCUAGUUUUGCGCGAACAAAUCUUACCACAUGUUCAACAUCCCGGGGUCUUGCAGUUCCGUAGCUCAGCCUCGGCAGUAGGUUUGGGAACCAUACCGCGUGUGCCGAAAGUAUCGUCGGCUUCCAUCCUGACUGACCUCUUUCCCGCCAUUCGAAAUCUCGUCUCGCGCUCGGUAUUCCCGAUUGCGGCGGACCCUAGAGCACAACGCGCUUCCAGAGCGUCCCUCCUCGCUGGCACAUAUAGCACAGGUGUCGCAUUCUGAAUCGUUGCUAGUAAAACGGCCACUCGCGCGACCCCCGUAAGGCCCCCUAAGGCCAGCUGACGACGUCUCCAUGGGCUCCGAUCAUCGCAAUCCCUCGCCAGCCCACCCCACAGACAUUGCGAAUUCGCCCAGCAGCAGCCAUCGGGUUCCCCUGCUUGCCUCGCACCCUCUGCCUCCCUCCCACCCCCUCCGUGCCUCUCGUCGCAUUCCCACGCUCAUUUCCUCUCAUCCGCUUCUCAGCAGACGCUCAUCAGACUCCCUGCAUUCGCCAGACGGAAAAUAGUAUAUAAAAGGGGGGGUUUCAGUUUUAUUCACCAUUCUCGACUGAACUUCCUUGCAAAUCCUCCCAUCUUGUCUUCGAGUUUCCUACUCUCUUCUCCUCGGUUUAAGACCUUGGUCACCAGCUGUCGUGCCUGUUAGAGUGCUCAAUUUCCGCGUUUAGUACUCUACGCGAAUCAGCCUUCCUUUCUACUCCGUCCGUCAACGACAUGGGCUGCGUCGGUGCUGAGCGUGCCUGCGUGGACGUCGAUGCUUUGUUCUCGAGCUGCUGGGAGCAAGAUGACUCCCUGACUCGCUUCGUCUGCAGCAUGAUCUCUGCUCCUCGCCUGGCCGUCGUCAGUUGGAUCAGGUCGUGCAAGCAAGCUGCAGUCGAGGUGCAGCCAGUUCCCGCUCUGCCAGCUUUCAGUCUCCCAGUUCCCGCCCUUCCAGUUGUCACUCUUCUGGAGGAAGCUGAGUCGUCAACAGAUGCAGAGGCAGAGUCCGUCAACGAUCUGACUGAAGCUGGCAAGGCGGAUGAUCCAACUGUGACUGCUACUGUUACGUUUGUGGCUGAGGAACUGGAGGAACUGGAGGAACCAGCAGAACCAGAGAUGGAAGUUUCAUCGUUUCCAGUUGCAGAGCCAGAGGACGUGGUAGCUUCACUUCCGGUUAAGACUGUUGCUCGCUCGAUUAAGGUUGCUGCCUGGCUGGGUGUGGAAUCAGAGUCGGAGCAGGCACAGCAGGAUGUGAAGGUGGGAGCAGAGGCGAGCAGCGGGUGGAGCAGCUUGAGUCGCAGUGAGAGCACCUGCAGCAGCCACAGUGCGUGCCUCAUUGACCUCGCCUGGGACUCCUGCUCCUCCUCCUCUGCUCACAGCCUCUGCUCCUCCUCCUCUGCCCACAGCCUCUGCUCCUCCUCCUCUGCUAAUAGCCUCUGCAGCACUCCCACUGGCUUGGUCACGGAGGCAGCUGCUGUGAAGAGGGGGAUUGGCCGAGGCAUUUCCAGCAGCGGGAAGGGAUGGAGCAUGGAGGUUAAGGGGUUUGGGAAGGCGGAGGCAGGGAGUACCUUCUCAAACCAGCUGUUUGGGGAGGACGAUGAGGAUGAUGAUGAGGAGGUGGAAGAGUACGGCAGCAGCAAGCAAAGCUACGAGGCGUUUGGUUCAGGGAACAUGUGCUACAUGAAUCAGCUAUAUAUGGAUGAGGCGGAGGAGGAGGAGAGGGAGGCAUUGGAAGCAUCGGGCAUCUCGGUUGGCAUUGGCAGGUGUGGUGCGAGGCGGAGAAUAUCGGGCUCUAGCAGCCGGAUUACUCUCCGCAGAAUGAGCAGCGUGCUGAGGCAGUUCUAGGGGACCCUUUCAGUAGGAAAGAGGAGCAGUGUGUUCUAGCGUAGUAGUAACUAUCGAACUGAGAGAAGUGAAUGAUGACUAGUGGGAGAGUACAGAUAGAUAUACCUAAGUAUUGUACCCUCUAAGAGAGAAGUGAAUGAUGACUAGUGGGAGAGUACAGAUAGAUAUACCUAAGUAUUGUACCCUCUAAGAGGUGACCCUAUACAGU